UUGAACGGCGCAGCCACUGAAUCGCAAAAGCAGCCGUUGCCCCUCGUCGGUUCCGAGAUCGGGAUGACUGCACAAAAUUUACAGAACGGCUCGCAGCCGAGAUACGAAAGAACCCAGACGCAGCCUGAGAACCCGUUCGCUGCCUUGAUUCCCGACCAGCAAUUCGCCAUCAUCCCCUCGUUCACCCUCGAGUCCGGCGUCACCCUCCAAAAUGUCCCCGUCGCGUACACCACGCGCGGCAAGCUCUCGCCCAACGGCGACAACGCCAUGGUAAUCUGCCACGCCUUGACCGGCAGCGCAGACGUCAGCGACUGGUGGGGCCCUCUUCUUGGAGGACCCGGAAGGGCGUUCGACACCUCGAGGUUCUUCAUCGUGUGCAUGAACAGUCUCGGUAGUCCGUACGGCACCGCCAGCCCAGUCACCGCCAAGGACGGCGACCCGUCCAAGGGUAGAUACGGACCGGAGUUCCCGUUGACGACGAUUCGCGACGAUGUACAGCUUCACAAGCUGUUGUUGGAUGAGCUCGGAGUCAAGCAAAUCGCCGCCGUCAUUGGUGGAUCUCUCGGCGGCAUGUUCGUGCUGGAGUGGUCAUACUUUGGCAAGGACUACAUUCGUUGCAUCGUGCCCAUUGCGACAUCGAGCAGACACAGCGCGUGGGGUAUCAGCUGGGGCGAGGCGCAAAGGCAGAGCAUCUACGCUGACCCGAAGUACGAUGACGGCUAUUACUCAUUCGACGACCCGCCGUCAACCGGCCUCGGCGCCGCCCGCAUGUCCGCACUCCUGACCUACCGUAGCCGCAACUCGUUCGAGUCUCGGUUCGGACGUAACACUCCGGACCCCUCGAGGCGGCAGAUCAUCCGGGAGAAGCCCAGACCUAGCACGCCGUCCGAAGCUCACUUCCACAUUCAUAACGACGGCCACAAUGUCAAGCGGGUUACACUGUCGCGGCAAAACAGCCAGGGAGGCACGGUGGAGACGCCUGUGAACGGCGCGACGGCUGACGCGGUUACCGAGUCCCUUGACCCCCAGUUCCAUGGGCCUCAGACGGAAAGCUUGACGGGCGGCGACAAACUCCCGACGUCAACCUACUUCUCCGCGCAGUCGUACCUCCGGUAUCAGGGACAGAAGUUCGUCAAGAGGUUCGACAGCAACUGCUACAUCGCCAUGACGAGGAAGCUGGACACCCACGACGUUUCCCGCGAUCGUGCCGCAACUAUCAGUGAGGCCCUGGCCCUCAUCGAACAGCCCACCCUGGUCCUGGGUAUCGAGAGCGACGGCCUCUUUACAUUCGCCGAGCAGCAAGAAAUUGCCGAGCACGUCAAGAACGCCAGACUGGAGCGAAUCGACAGCCCCGAGGGUCAUGACGCCUUCCUGCUGCAGUUCGAGCAGGUCAACCACUACGUACUCGACUUCUUGAAGGAGACUUUGCCCGAUAUCAUGAGCAAGAAGGGAGAGGAGGUCGAAGAGGUUGGUGUUGGCCAGCUGACUAAGAGCAGCACGUUCGGUGAGGCGGAGGUGGACGACAUUACCGCCUGGUAG